AUGACUUCCUUUCUCCCAGCAUGCUUUGCAGCCCUCGGCUCAGGGGACGACGGCUGGUCCAUGAACGUGCAGUCAGAGGUCCGAGCCAUCGAGGGCUACCCCGUGGUUCUACCCUGCACCUUCAGCCACCCGCAGCACUCCCAGCAUUCCUCUCUGCAGGUGCUGUGGCGGAUGGGUCACGGUCAGAGCGCCACCAUCCUGUACCGCUGCACCAGCCACUCCGGGACCACCGCCUGCGAGCCGGGGCCGCAGCAGGACCAACGCUUCCGUCUGGAGGGGAACCCCAGGGAACACGACCUGUCGCUGAGGAUCAACAGCGCGACCCUGCAGGACAGCGGGCGCUACUACUGCAGAGUGGAGAUUCUGGGACGGGAACACCUCAGCUUCGAGGACAAGAUGGGGACCAAGCUGAGGGUGGAAACCCCUCCAAAGAUCCUGUCUCUGCUGGUGGAGGGUACGGAACAGUCCGGGUACAGGGCCGUGUGCCGGGUUCAGGGCUCCCCGCUCCCAGACGUCCAGUGGCUGGGCCCCGAUGACCUUCUGGAAGGUUCUCUGAUCGGCCCGCUGGCUCAGGGCUCUCAGAGCAUCUACCACACCGUGAGCCAGCUGAGGGACGUGGAGCCGGGUCAGCAGUACACCUGCAGCGCCUCCAACCCGCUGGGCAGAGACCAGGCCACGCUGUACGUCCUGCCCCCGCAUCCACCGCCGUCUGUGGGCGGAGCCUCGCCACCUCUUCUUCUCCUCAUCACGCUGUCUCUGGGGUCAAAGGUCAUCCUGCUGGUGGGGAUGGGGGUGUGGCUGGUGCAGGGAGGAGCUCUGCAGGGGGUCAGCUGCUGGUGGAAAUAA